GUCGCCGGAUGUGACGUGCGCGGCUGAGGCGUUCAGGAGGCCGCGGAGAAAGCGCAGAGCAGGCGGGCCCCGUCCGAGGUCUGGCAGUCAGUGACAGAGCCGGGCGCCCACGGCCCGAGCGUCCCCGGCGGCACCAUGCCCGCGCUCCUGGAGCGCCCCAAGCUUUCCAACGCCAUGGCCAGGGCGCUGCACCGGCACAUCAUGAUGGAGCGGGAGCGCAAGCGGCAGGAGGAAGAAGAGGUGGACAAGAUGAUGGAACAGAAGAUGAAGGAAGAGCAGGAGAGGCGGAAGAAGAAGGAGAUGGAAGAGAGAAUGUCACUAGAGGAGACUAAGGAACAAAUUCUGAAGUUGCAGGAGAAGCUUUUGGCCCUACAGGAAGAGAAGCACCAGCUUUUCCUGCAGCUCAAGAAGGUCUUACAUGAGGAAGAAAAACGGAGACGAAAGGAGCAGAGCGACCUGACCACUCUAACAUCAGCUGCGUAUCAGCAGAGCCUGACUGUUCAUACGGGAACGCACCUCCUCAGCAUGCAGGGGAGCCCUGGAGGACACAAUCGCCCAGGUACCCUCAUGGCAGCUGACAGAGCCAAACAGAUGUUUGGACCGCAAGUGCUUACUACCCGACACUACGUGGGCUCAGCAGCUGCUUUUGCAGGGACACCAGAGCAUGGGCAAUUCCAAAGCAGCCCAGGAGGUGCCUAUGGGACUGCUCAGCCCCCACCUCAUUAUGGGCCCACACAGCCAGCCUAUAGUCCCAGUCAGCAGCUUAGAGCACCUUCAGCGUUUCCUGCAGUACAGUACCUGUCUCAGCCACAGCCACAGCCCUAUGCCGUGCACGGCCACUUUCAGCCCACCCAGACAGGGUUUCUCCAACCUGGGGGUGCCCUGUCCUUGCAAAAGCAGAUGGAACAUGCUAACCAGCAGACUGGCUUCUCUGACUCAUCCUCCCUGCGCCCCAUGCACCCCCAGGCUCUGCACCCAGCCCCUGGACUCCUUGCCUCCCCCCAGCUUCCUGUGCAGAUGCAGCCAGCAGGAAAGUCGGGCUUCGCAGCCACCAGCCAACCUGGGCCUCGACUUCCUUUCAUCCAGCACAGCCAGAACCCACGUUUCUACCACAAGUGACCAGAUUCUAUCUUCAGCCUCACCCCCACCACGGGUGAGGGCUCCCUUCCAUGUGUCCCAGACCAAUAAAAUCUACCUGCCACUGCGCCUGGCUGCUGCUGUUUGUGUUGCCUCCAACCCAGCUGUCUAGAACAGGCAGCUGCCUGGGGGUGGAGGGGCACCUGGCUGGUCAGGUCCUGAGCAAGUCAUUGGUACACAGUUAAGUCAGUGGCAAAUUGAAUCAAUUUCUGGCUUCCAGACAGCAAAUACCCAUUUGCCUCAAAUCCCCGAAGAAGUAACUGAGUUAGGGACUUCAUAUUAAACUUGUUUUAUUCAGGUUUGAUUUUAACAAAUGUGUCGGGGAGAGGGCCCGCAGGGAAGGGUGAAGCCCGUGGGGCAGGGCCCUCCCAGAUGCCUGAGGAGGGAGCAGGCCCCUCCCCUCUCUUCCUCUUCCCUCCCCAUCUAAAGGGGCUUGGAGAGAGAUACAGGCAGGGGAAGGGACUGGUCCCCAGUCUGUGGGGCUGGUGUUUCAGGGGAAAGGGCAAAGGACUAUGGAGAACAGGGGACCAGACCAGGAAUGAGUGAGGGAAAGGCUGAGAGGACCAUUUGCCAGAAUCCACAGCAUUCUGAUUGCAGAUUGAAUUAAAAAAACAAAAAAAACAAAAAAAACAGGAACAAAAAAAACUAAACCACAAGCAGCACCCACCCCUUCUCCCCCAACAGAGCUGUAGUACGAGGGGAGAAGAGAAGGGCAGCCUCACCAAGGCCAUUGCUUGCUCCUGGCCAAGGGAGCGGGGUGAAGGGCAGGGGAGUCCCCGACAGAUUGGGGGGAGAAACCAAAAUAAAACAUCAAAUAAAUUGUAUAGGAGUCCAGCCAAGGGCCAGGCCAGAGCUGGGCCAGGCUGGGGGAGGGGGCCUCUGUAGGCUCCAGAAUCACUGCUGCCACCACCGCCACCCUGGGUAGGAGAGAGAAACCAGGUAAGACAGUACAACACCUUCAACACAGGAGACAAGGUGGGGAGGGCAGGACCAUUCUGGGGGCAGACAGUAAGCCUUGGGCCAUUAAGAGCAGUGAAACUCUUUGUCUGAUGGGGGUAACAAAGUGCUGGUGGGGAGAGGCCGUCACACCUGCUUACCUGGGAGCCAGUUAUUUUGCCAUGGCCUUGAUUGCAACAGCUGCCUCCUCUGUCAUGGCAGACAGCACUGUGAUCUGAGGAAGCAAGAGAGGACCACUGAGCAGAUACCCAAGCUCAGAAAGAAGCAAAAUGAGCAAAGGUGGGCAUAAAGGAAAGGGAGAAGGGGUGCGCCAUACCAGGAUCUCUUCUCCACAGUCAUACUUCUGCUCGAUCUCCUUGCCGAGGUCUCCCUCAGGCAGACGAAGGUCCUCCCGCACCUCUCCACUGUCCUGGAGCAGUGAUAGGUACCCAUCCUGGAUGCCAAUCAGCUAGGAGCAGAUAGGGAAGGAAGCUGAAGACAGCUCCAAGUAGUCUGAAGACAAAGCCUCCAUGGGCAAACUGGGGUGGCAGCGAAUAGCUAAUACCAAAUAUCCUUCCUGUCAUUUCCCUCCUCUCCUACAAGCAGCUCUGGUCGUCCCCGCCCCCCGCCUCAUAAACCACUAACCCAGGCUCUCCCAGACCAUCUACAUACCUGGAAGUCAUUCCUUUUGAUGUUGGGGACAUCCAUAUUAUGAGUUGAGGGGCAGAUAUCUUCAUAUUUCUUCCCAGUAAAGAUGUCAAUACCAACCAGGUGAACCUGUAUGUAUGUAUCACAUCAAAGAAAAACCCGAACUAACUCUAGGCUAGAGGAAAUAGACUCAGUGUUCCAGGCUGGUGAGGAAAGGCAAACUAGGAUGUUAGGGCAAAGAUACGGGGAACUGGAAUUGAACCAAUUCAGGAAAGAAAUACUAAAGCCUCUAAAAAAAAAAAAAAAAAAAACCUGAGGGAAAAAAUCCCACCAU